AUGGUCGCUGUAGAGGCUCGCCAUGACGGCGAGUGCAUCGACAACGUAGCAUUCGGUUUCGGUGGAAGCUGCUCACAGCCCGAUUUUACCGCAAUCGAGUACAAAUGGAUAUUCUGGCUCUCGGUGGCCACCGCAGCGGGAUUCAUAGCCGCCGCAUCGGCCCGCGUGCUCCGCCUUUCCCGAUCUCGGAACCCGUCCGUGGCGCGCGGCCUCGGUAUGAUGUGGGUCGCCAAGCUCGUUGCCGGCGCCGUUUUCACCGGCCUCAGACUCGGGCUUCUUGUGGUGGCCGUCCGCCGACAAACGAGUCACCCGAGUGCUCAGCUGGUAGCUUCCACAGCACUGAAUUUCACCGCAUCAUGUCUCCUGCUUGCACUUUCGCCUCUUGAGCAUUUCAAAAGCGCCCGUCCUUCGGUCCUGGCCUGCUCUUUCCUCUUUCUGGCCCUUUUCUACGAUAUUGCACGAUGCCCCUCACUUUGGUCAGAUUCAGAUACUGGCAGCGGCGACGAGUAUUACUCAAUCUUUAGGGCUCUUUAUACUACCGUUAUUGUCAUUGAGUUCUUGGUCUUGGUGCUAGAGAGCUUGAAGCGUCGGCGAUGGAUUGCGUGGGACCCGGAAGACCACAGCCCGGAGGAGACGAGCAGUAUCUUGAGCCUAGGGCUGUACUCAUGGCUGAAUCCUCUUCUUUGGCGAGGAUAUCACAAAGACCUCGUCAUGAGCGACUUGUUCCCACUGGACAAAGCCAUCUCGGUGACAACAUUCGAUGCCGAGGGCCGAAGCUCGAGAGAAGAGUCGAAAGGAAUCUCGACGUGGCAACUCAUCGUAUGGCUUGCGAGGCCACUAGGCUCAUCCGCUCUGCUAGCUGUACUCCCGCGCCUGUGCCUUCUUGGCUUUACUUUCUGUCAACCCUUCUUCCUUCAACGCCUCCUCGGUUAUCUCUCUUCCCAAGAGAGCGAUACGCCUACUGCCUCUGGGCUUAUCGCCGUCGCCGUCCUGACGUACUCAGGCAUCGCCAUCUCCACAUCCCUAUAUUGGUACUAUCAGGAGCGUUUCCAAUCCCGUCUACGCGGCUAUCUGAUAUCAGCAAUCUACCGCAAAGCAACAAGCAUCCAUCACGUCGGCAACGGCGACUCAGCUGCUGUCACGCUCAUGGGCGCCGACGUCGAGCGCAUCUACACCGGCCUACGUCUUAUGCACGAAUUAUGGGCCAACAUCAUUCAGAUCACCCUAGCUUCCUGGCUACUCCAACAUCAACUCGGAUUUGCCUUUCUGGCUCCCCUGGUCAUCGUCUUCCUCUGUUUCGCCGGCUCAUUCGCCUUGUCAAAGCGCGCAGUGCCGCACCAAAGUGCGUGGAUGUCUCGCGUACAGAAACGUAUCGCUGCAACCUCGACGAUUCUCUUCAGCAUCAAGGACCUGCGGGUCUCAGGCAUGACACAGCCCGCAAUCGCUCUGGUACAGCGCGAGCGUGAGGAGGAGAUCCGCGUAGGCGAGCGUUCGCGUGUGCUCAUCGCCCUGAGCGCAACCCUGAGCCAGCUUCCCCAGGCUCUAGCACCGGCUCUGGCUUUUGCUUUCGGGCCACGGGUACUUGAUGAGACAAAGGCAUUCACUGCACUGUCGUUCCUUGUGCUGUUGACCGCGCCACUGCUGGUGGUCUUGCAAAGUCUGCCCAUUUUAGCUGCCUCUGUGGCAUGUCUCCGAAGGAUCAAGCUGUUUCUUAUGCAAGAUGACAGAGUGGACGAGAGGUUCUUGAAGUCAGUCGGGAACGACAAUGAGAAGGGUAAGCAGGCUUCUAGCUACAGCGAUCCGGAUUUGUUCAUUCAUAUCGUCAACGGAAGCUUUGGAUGGACGCCAGAACGCUCCGUACUCAAGGACAUCAAUAUCCGCCUCCCAAAGUCCUCCAUUACGUUCGUGGUCGGUCCUGUAGCUUCCGGAAAGUCAACUCUGUGUCGGGCACUCCUCGGAGAGGUGCCUCACAUGAAGGGAAGUGUAGCUGUUGGGUCUAACAAGGUGGCGUACUGCGAUCAGAUGCCGUUUCUAUUCAACGAAUCGAUCAUGGAGAACAUCAUCGGAUUCUCUGAGUUGGACACCAAUCGCUACGCUGAAGUCAACAAAGCAACUAUGCUGACAGAUGACUUGACGACGUUUCCUGCGGGAGACAGGACGGUAGUUGGGACCAAGGGGCUCUCCCUCAGCGGUGGUCAACGACAGCGUGUGUCGCUUGCCAGGGCACUUUAUCACGACGCCGAGAUCCUCAUACUGGAUGACAUCUUCCGCGGCCUGGAUGUUUCUACACAACACCAAAUAUGUCAAGCCGUGUUUGGACGCGAUGGCCUCCUGAGAAGACGAGGUUCGACCGCGAUUGUCUGUACUCACUCGACGGAGUUCCUGACGGUUGCUGAUCACAUCAUUGCACUUUCUCAAGACGGCACCGUUGCAGACCAAGUCUCGUCCCUCGAACUUGUGCGAGACGAAGAGCGUGGUAAACGCCUCGGGUUUCUGAGACAAAAAGAGCCAAGCAUCAACCUUGGCAAAGUACACCCGGAUAAAGGCUCCCAAAAUAUUGAGGGAAUAGCCUCGACGGGCUCAGAAACAUCACAGCGCCCAUCUGUCGCAGUCCAGUCACCAACAACCACCCCUACAACUGUAACAACUCCAACCGUUGACUUAGCCGUUUAUCGCCACUGGCUGUCAACUCUCAAACCCUUGCCGUUGGUGGUGUUCGCCGUGCUUGUGGUCGGUGUUGGAUUCUGUGCCAAUUUCCCGACUAUUUGGCUCAAGAUGUGGUCAGAAGACUCAACAUCAGCUGAGCCAAAGCACUCCCUCGCCUUUUGGAUGGGUCUCUAUGCACUCCUUGGAGCAGGCGGCAUCAUCUGCGUCUUCCCAGCUGGACUCAUCAUGCUGCGUACUGCUGUUCGACUUGCUGGCACCGAUCUCCACCGCACUACCAUCAACACGAUCAUGCACAGUAGCCUGCGGUUCUUGGGCAGUACCGACGUCGGCAAGGUGCUAAAUUUGUUCAGCCAAGACAUGAACAUCAUGGAUACUCAGCUGCCACGUAUGAUCAACAACUUUUGCUUCUGCUUAGCUACUGCUAUUGGUCAAGCUGCUGUUAUCGCGGUUUCUUCUGCAUGGCUAUCUAUCAGCUAUCCGUUCUUUAUGUUGUUGUUGUGGAUGGUUCAGCGCAUCUACCUUCCUACGUCAAAACGGCUGCGGAUACUCGAUCUCGAAGCCAAGGCUCCGCUGUAUACCAACUUCCUAGACACGCUGAGCGGUCUACCAACCAUUCGAGCUUUCGGCUGGUUCCCUCAUCAGAUUGCUCGCAACAAUGCUCUCCUUGAUGACUCCCAACGCCCUUCGUAUUUGUUGGCGAUGGCACAGCAGUGGCUCAUGCUGACAAUGAACAUUCUCGUUGCCAUUGUCGCUGUGCUCCUCGUUUCGCUAUCCACACAACUUAGGUCCGACACAGGCAACGUGGGUGCAGGUCUAGUCACGCUCAUUACCCUCGGAGGCACACUUACCACUAUCGUCGUUGCAUACACUGGUCUUGAGACCUCCCUCGGCGCCAUCAGUAGGCUAAAGUCAUUUGAAGAGGAGACGGAAUCAGAGGGCAACGCAAAGGAGGAUGUUAUUCCAGACGAGGCGUGGCCUAUGAGCGGCUGCGUACGAUUGAAAGACGUCGACGCAAGUUAUGAUGGCACUCAAAAAGUCCUUAAAGAGUUGAACCUGGUGAUUGAAAGUGGGCAGAAAGUUGCUAUUUGCGGAAGAACUGGGAGCGGCAAAUCAUCCAUUCUUGCCCUCCUACUCCGUCUGAUCGACCCGCUGUCACCCGAUACCCCUGAUUCGGAUGCCCCGACAAUCCUCAUCGAUAACCUCGACCUCAGGACGAUUAAUCGGACCACACUACGCGAGCGCAUAAUCUCUGCCUCACAAGAUCCCGUGUUCCUAUCAGACGGCACGUCUUUCCGCGUGAACCUCGAUCCCGGCUCCACCGCUACCGAUGAAGAAUGUAACGCUGUUUUGACCGAACUUGGACUAAGCACUAUUAUCGAAACCAAGGGCGGCCUGAAUGCGUUCAUAAAUGGAGCUGAACUCAGUGCCGGGCAGAAACAGCUGUUCAGCGUGGCUAGAGCGGUACUUCGGCGCAGGGUCAAGCAGAGAGAGACAGGUGUGGAUGGAGGGCUUCUUCUUCUGGACGAGAUAACUUCUGGUGCCGAUGCCGAUACGGAGAAGAAAGUCAGAAGGAUUCUCGAUAAUGAGUUUCAAGGCUAUACCGUCGUCAUGGUGACACAUCGUCGAGAAAUGGCUAUGAGCUGUGAUAGAGUACUGAUGCUAGACGCAGGUAAGGUUGCUGAGGAUGGAAUACCUGGAACACUGCUAGACAAGCAAGGCAGUCAGUUUGGAUCUCUAUGGGAGAGUGAGAGACUUUGA